UGAGCCAGAACCUUCUCCCAUGGAAGCGUUACUUCUUUUGUGGAUCCCACCAACAACUAAAGCCUAUAAGAUUCAAUUCUACCUAUAUCAUCGACCUCUUAUUGUUCUUCCCCUCUCUGGGCACUUCUUCUGCCUAACAAAACCAAAGAAGCACACCAUGGACGAGUUAGGGAUUAUCGACGAAGGAGUCGACUGGAGGACCCGCCUUGGCCAGGAUAUUCGCGAUAGGGUAACACAUGAUAUAUUGGUAAGCCUGCAGAUGAAAUUGAAAACAACUACUUCAACAACAUUGAUUGAUCUUCAAAAUGUUGCUUCCAGAAUACAGGAGAGAAUCUACAAAAUAGCUAUUGACUUUAGUGAUUAUCUAUGGAGGACUGGUCUUAUAAAAGGCGAUUUGGAUGAUUCAUAUCCUGUGCUGUUGAACAAUUUUCUUCAUGUUCGAAAGCAAGCUUCAACCCCUUCAGUUGUCUUGCUCCAUGAGAAGAAUAAGCAUGGCGAAAUUAUCCAUGCACAAGGAAAUGUUCAGGGGACAUCAUCUAGUGGCCACAAGGAACCCUCCAAUCCCUAUGGAAAAGGUGAAUUGGUCGUUCAAACUCACGACCAAUCAGUUGAUGGCAUUGGUCUAAAUUAGCCAUGGAGGUUCCAUCAAUAUUGACUUCUAUUAGAACUGAAGGCUGAGGGGCUUCUGCAAAUAGUAUGCAAUGCUGAAUGAAACUACUACCAAGUGUUGCAAGCUGUGCCUGCUGUUUGGAAACGUUUGAGACCCAAAUAAGUUUUCUUGUGUUUUAAUUGGAGUGGAUCAAAUUUUGUUGUGACUAUAUGUGUCCGUCCAGAGUGUGGAUGUUAUUUUUGAUUGUGGAGUCCUAGUUACUUGUGUUGUGUGUGGUUGGCCAUUAUAUGGAUAAACCAGUGAAUCGUUAAGAACCUCAUAUCAUGCGUUCCUUUAUCUUA